AUGUCUUCUACCUGGAGAGAGUUCAUGUCCUGGAACAAGUACACCCAAAUCGCUUCCCGAGCCCUCCGACAGGCUCUUAGCGAGGGUGACCGUGUUGCUGCUGAGAAGCGUGCUGCCAUCGGCGUCCGAUACCAGCUCUGGGAGAACGGAGAGGGUGGCGAGCAGCACUACGUCCGACCCCCACCUGAGGAGGCUACCGGCAAGCCUUCUGGUGCCGUCUAA